UAUUAUAAAGAUACGUCACAAAACGUGAAUAUGAUUGAAAAAUUCGAUGAUAAUAUACAUAACAAUAUAAUAUGAAACAACGGUGUAAAAAAGAUGAUAAAUUAAUUUUUUUUUUUUUUGUUCUUGUUUCACACGACGAUGUACAGCAGAUAGAUUUGCGGCCGACGUUGGUGAUCAGAUGGAUGACGAGUGCGACGGCGGUGCUGGCUGAAGAARAGCGGACCGCGAAAAUUGUCGUCGCCUCCGUCUCGUGCUGCAGGGUGGCGCGCAUGCGCAGUCAUCGACGACACRAGGUCUGAUAUGACGUCUCGUUCGCAGCUUUCACCGGUGUUGACGAAGGCGCUGUUCCUGCUCGCUCUCCUGAUGGACACCGUUUCCGCCACCGUUUCUAUAACCCGACAUCAUCGAGGAGACGUGUUUGACGUGUCAGACGCAAAAUGUACGAUGGAAACUUGUGUUGGAGUGAGCAGUGGUACAGCAUCGUUGGUCGACGGCAUCGUAGCAGCAGAACGCGACUACCCGUCAUCGGUCGGUAGCAGAGGCUACAAGCAAUCGACCGGAACUUCCGCGGAACCGUUGCACAACGACAACUGCAGGUGUCAGUGCAUACAAUCCGUCCCCGUGUUCAGGGACGACUUGAGGAUAUGUGUUGACGAUUUGCGAGAGUGUUCGUUAGCUUCAUUCGUGUCUGGCACAACGGUACAAAAGAUACCUUACGUAUUUCUACCACUACAAGGACAAAUCGUGUAUCCUAGUGCUGAAAUUAAAAUUGCUGGUAUGCAGUAUCCUAUUUGUGCUAUUUCAAAAGCAAAAUAUUUAACUCGAGGAGGUUGGAUAAAUUUUAAAAACCAAUCAGACUUCGAAAUCCCUUUCCAAAUACACCGCGAAAACGGACACAUAAUUUACAAUGAUAAUGAAGCCUUUGAGUCAGAUGAAGAUAGAAAUUAUAGUAUAAAUACACAAGGAGAACCUUCUAUAGAUAUGRUGGAAAAUAAUAAUAUUAAUAGAAAUUUAACAACAGCCAUUGUACACCCUAUUCAAUCAUUCAAUUCGUGUGUUGGCCAUUCAAUGUAUUAUUCAGAUUCAAAUUCUAUAGAAAAACAUCCAGAAGAGGAUAUUUCAAUAGUAGAAACAUUGGAUAGCAAAGAAGAUCGACCAGAUAAUAUUAGAUCAAUAGUGUGUGCUAACCCAAGAAAAAAACUUUACUUCAAUCCAGACUAUUUUGAACUUGAAUUAUUAAUGGCUCCUCCACCAGCAGCGAUGGAAUUUUUGGAAAAAAUUCGUGAAGUGAUACACGAAGCAAAAAGAAAAAUAACAAUGAAAAAAUUCACACCAAAUCUUAUUGCGAUUCUAGAAGAUACAAAUGAAGACACAAAUGAACCAUUAAGUUCUUGCAAUAAAUGUAAAACUCAAUUCAAAAUUAAAUCAGCUACAAUACAAAAAUGGUUGAUGAAUGUACCUAUAGAAGUUACCAAGCCAAAGAAAAAUCAAGCUCCUUGUAUUCCCAUUGAGUUAAAAGCAAAAGAUGAUGUAGAGGACUUACAACUUAAGGAAAAUGAAUUAAAAUCAAAAACUAAUGAAGUAGAAGAAAAAAAAGUAGUGGAAAUAGAAGAAGAAGAAAAAGAAGACAACAACUAUGAUGAUGAUGAUGUUGAUGAUGAGGAAGAGGGUAUUAACAUUGAGUGCGAUAGUUUGGAAAGAUCAAUGAAUUACAGGCAGAAAUGUGGAUAUCAUACACCGUCAGARUACGGAUUCAUUAGACCAGACCUAAGUCCAGUUCUAAGUAAUUCUGCUUUACCAAUGGAUGAAGAACUUACCAUUAGAACCACAUAUACUUAUGAUACUAUCACAAAAAGAGAAAGCUAUUAUGAACAUAUAUCUGGUCCAGACUGUAUACGAGAAAAACCGAAAAAGGAAAUCUUACCCGAUAUACUUAAUAGGUCAUCUGAACGUUAUAGUUUGGUUAGCGAAGUAUACGUAAAUGAUAACUUUAACACUAGUAUGUCACCUAAUAAUUCACUGGAUAAAAAGAUUAAAAAGAAGAGUCCAGGUCAAAUAACUAUUGAAGUUGAAGACUGUCCUGACAAUCAUCCAGUAGAAGAUUCAGACAGUUUUGAACCAGACACAUUAGAUAGAAACUGUACAAAAUUAAAACCAAAUUUGAAAGCAGUAUACUCUUCGGACUCAUUAGAACAAUUUAAUAGUCUUAAAAGCAUAAAUAAUAAUGGAUUUGGUAGUUUAUUAGAGAUAUACGAAGCCAAGAACGUCAUGGCUGAUGUGCAAAAGAGAAGGAAUAUGAGCCAAAUCGAAGCCAAAUACUUAAAACCMGAUCCAAAACACUCUCGAAGGCAAAGGUGUCCAUCACCUUUGUCUGUACAAAAGCCUCCAAAAAACGCCUGUGUCAGAAGCACUAGCAAGCCCAGAGUCAUGCAACCCAGUUGCGCUAGCUCACAAUUUAAYCAGCGAACCCAUAAUAUCAUGGCUGGUGCUUCUGACAAACAAACAGUCAAAAGUUCGCCAAUUGAUCAUAACAGAUAUGAAGACUCCGGGUAUCUCAGUACUGAAUCAAAUGAAUCUCUCAACAAAGUGGUAGCAACUAGUCUAGAUACAGAUGAAUCUGGAGCAGAAAGCAUAGAUACAGAUUUCAAAUUUUUCAAAUCACGUACAGACCGUAAUUACUGUGAUUGGUGAUUAUUAUUUAUCCAAAGAUAUAGUUUUUAUUUUAUUAUUUUUAAUUAGUCAAUAUAAGUACCAAAAAUUAGAUUUAUUUGUAAAAUGUGAAAUUCGUAAAUAUCCAUAMAACUAAAUUUAGAAUUUUAAAAAAUGUCUUUAUAUUAAGGCUGUAAUUGAUAAAAAAUCAAUUUCAUUCAAAUCAAUUAGGUGAAUCUCCAUUAAUUU